GGAACAAAUAUGCGCAGCCUUGUUUCCAGGACAAAGGAGGACUUUAUAUGGUGGUGCCCAUCUCAUACUGCACGGAGAGAUCAGGGGAGUAAUUUUGAGUUGAGCAAGUGCUGAAUAUGGUAUCUCUGUUUCUUCGCCAUAUUCUUUAUCUGCCUCGACCCAGAAUAUGUAUGCGGCAUCUGUCCAGUCUACCAACUGCCACACAGGAACUGCUCAAUUUAGGAUUUUCAGAGGAACAAACUGAAAGGAUUUUUUCUCUGAAACCAAGAGGAGCAAAGCCAAUGCACAAACUGUCAUGCACCAAAGAGCUGCUGUUUAUGGGAUUAGACACUUGCAGUGUGCUGCAGGUGAUGGAGAAGUGUCCAGAGCUUCUUAAAGUGACAAGCAAGGAACUGAGAGACAGGACAGACACUCUCCGAAGUCUUGGACUUAGAGAGGGCUUACUCCAGCGCGCUGUGGCCAGAUACCCACAUCUUCUUUCCCUGUCUAGUUACCAUCUCCUUGCAGCUGCUCAGUGUCUCAAACAGAGAUGUCGGUUUUCGACCAAACAGGUGUCCCAAAUACUGUGCUUUUCUCCUGAAACCAUGACACAGGAUCUCAAUUUCCUAGAAGAGGCCUUCCAGUAUGUCUAUUUCCGCAUGGGUGGUACUCAUCAGCAGAUGUUGAAAUGUGGCCUUUUCAGCACUUCCCUGAAUGAGCUCAAAGUUCGCCACCAGUUUCUGGAGCGUCUUGGUAAAUUCCUCCCACCUAACAAGAAGGGUGUCACUCCACCUUCCAACCCCACACUUAAGGAGGUAAUAGUGCUACCUGAGCAGGACUUCCUGUCACACAUCGCACAGGCAACUCAGAAAGAGUUUGAAACUUUUAGAAAGAUAUUUGCACGAGAGGAGAGCGAGGCUGAAGAUGAUGAAGCAAGCAAGACUGAUGUGGACAGUGAUGAUGACGUUGAAAGAUCAGAUAUUGAUAACGAUAGUGAUGAAGAUUCAGAGGAUGAGGCUUAUGAUACAGACCACAAAUUAGACCCAAAUAAAAAAAGGACAUGAUUUUUCUUAUUACCAGUGGUUAACAGUGCUACAUUAUGUGUAUUGAUUAUGCACCUGAAAAGCAUAAAUCCAGUGCAUAGACAUAUGCCAAAGGCCUUGUUCACAUGGUUUCAAUAAUGUAUAUUAAUGUCAGUAUAUGGCCUGGUUAUAAUAAAAUAUAUUUAAUAAUUAUUCUUUAAAAUAAACCCCCAAUAAAAAUGCAUAUACCAAACAAUAAAA